AUGGGACUUCCAAUGGAUUCUAAUUUAGCAGAGAUUCAUGUCCCCAGUGGUCCAACCUCCGUCAAUCAAGCCCAGUCCUUUGAGGGAUUGACACUCCAGCAACUCAUCGUUCGAAAGGACAACCUGGAAGCCGAGCUAAAGGCAUUGGGUGCGGUCCUGGAUAGCCAUGGCGUGACGAUGCAGACCACUCUUACUACCUUUGAUGGUUUCCCUCGAUCUGACAUCGAUGUGGCCCAAGUCCGGGUGACACGAGCCAGGAUCAUCAGUCUGCGGAAUGACUGGAAAGAUCUUAUGGACAGAAUUGAGAAAGGCCUUCAUGAACAUCAUGCUAAAUACCAGGCUUCAGAUGAAUACAAGCAAUCUCUCCUACAACCACAAUCAAAUCCCACUCCCACACCUGCGCCCCAACAGCAGCUACCCACUCCAGAAACUCCCUUUGCCAAAGUCAACAGCGUCGAGCCUAGCAGUCCAGCGCAUGAGGCCGGUCUGAAGGCAGGUGAUCUGAUCCGACGAUUUGGCAGCGUCGUAUGGUCGAACCAUGAAAGACUGCGCAAGGUUGGUGAGGUUGUUGGCCAAAAUCUGGGUCGACCAAUACAGGUUGUGGUUUCCCGUGGAGGUGCGACAGACGGCCAAGAGCUGGAUCUGAAGUUAACACCACGACAGAAUUGGGGUGGCCGAGGGUCACUGGGGUGUCACAUUGUACCCAUCUGA